AUGUCGGGCACCAGGAAGAGAACCCGUCGCGCAGCACCUAGCCCUGUUCCCGACCCACCUGUUUCUUCGGCUGCGGACCCCGAGCUGCCGAGUAACGCUGCCUCACCACUCGACGGCGGACAAUUCAAGCAAUUUAUAUCUGACGAAGUCCAGAAAGCCGUCACCGCCGCCCUGGCAGAAACGGUCUCCCCACUGCUUGCCACCAUCGGAUCCUCGCAGCCUUCCCCCGCCAUGGCCGUACCCACCGGAAAUGCUGCGCCAACUGGUCCGGGUGCUGGCUCUCUAUCUCAUCCACUGAACGUGCCGUCUCACGUGAGAGAGAGGAUUUUUGCGAGCCCUGCCAUUUUUAACUCUAUUGCCGACUGCCUUGAAUGGAUUGCUCGCUAUGAGUUUUCUAUUACUGACCUGCUCCAUUAUCUAGAUGAUUUCCUUUGCAUUUCUCCAUCGGAGCUGGUGGCGAACCAACGUGCUUCAAUCCUGCUUCGCUGUUUUAACUAUGUCCAAGUCCCCUUGGCACCUGACAAAGUGGAAGGUCCAGCUCAAGUGCUGUCGUUCCUGGGCAUCGAGCUGGACUGUGGCAGACUGGAGGCCCGGCUACCAGACACCAAGUUGCAAGAUCUCCGCACCUUGCUCGACCAGUAUGUCAACCGUGGCGACAUGACCCAACGCGAACUCGACUCACUAUUGGGAAAACUCUCCUUCGCAGCUCGGGUAAUUAUACCUGGUCGGACAUUCAUGCGCCGACUCUGGGAUAUUUGUCACCGCUACAGUCAGCCACACUAUAAGAUCAAACUCUCAGUCGAGGCCCUGGAAGACCUGAAGUGGUGGCAACGCCUCCUCUCGCAAUGGAACGGAAAGUCCUUCUUUCAUAUGCCAAAUUGGACCCCGUCUCCCGACAUCCAAUUGUUUACCGAUGCCAGCGGUUCGAUCGGCUGGGGCGCAUGUUAUGGCCAUCGCUGGAUCCAGGGACAGUGGUUGCCGGAACAAGCCGACUACUCCAUCGAGUGGAAGGAGAUGUUCGCCAUUGCCGCAGCUUGCUCCUCCUGGGGCCUUGAAUGGCGCAAGCUCCGCAUACUCGUGUACUGCGAUAACGAAGCCGUAGUGGCAUGCCUGUCCAAUGGUUGUAGCCGCUCCCCCCCAGUCAUGGACCUGAUACGACGGCUGUUCUUCAUGUGCGCUAACUUUGGCUUCAUUCUGUCAGCAAAGCAUAUUCCAGGAUGCACUAACAAAGCCGCUGAUGCUCUGUCUCGUUUUAACAUGCAGGCGUUUCGCGAGGCGGUUCCGGGAGCUCGGGCGACAGCCGACCUGUUCCAGUCAUUCUAA